AGGUACACAGUGUCAAAACAGUGUACUCACUGUGAUUGCAGAGGUAAUGGGAUGGCCUAGAGGGCACUGUGCCACAUUUUAUAUUGAAAUACUGCAAUGAAGAGGUUAACAUCUAACCAACUGCAGAGCACGACUGUGUCCUAACAACGCCUUUACCUGAAGCUGUCUGGGGGAACCAGUUACUGCUGUUAAUAUCUGCAGGGAGAGUUUUCCAGAGAACAUCUUUACCACUCACGGUUCCGCCUUCCCCUCCUCGGUGAGACUUGCAGGGUGAGUUAGCUGCUGUUAGCCGGUUAGGUAACUUCACUGCUGGAGUCAGCUGCAACAAGUUGCCCGGAGUCAUUUGGCUGCACAGAGUCUCUGGAUUGCAGCAUCAAGUGCCCUCCCUACAAAAAGCCAGAAGCAGCGGUGCGAGGCAAAAGGCACUACCUGCCUUUCCGGACGGUGCUGUUUUGGGAGACUGCAGUGGAGCUCAGACCAGAGAAGAGACCGAGGCUGUGGAGAAAGCAUGUCUACUGACGGAGAGCCCACGUUCAGUGUGAAGCUGCUGCAGCUGCUGUUUCUUUCCACCUACUGGGGGAUGCAGAUUUGGGUCACCUUCAUUUCAAGCUUCGUGAUGGACAACCACCUGAACAGACACACUUACGGGUUCAUUCAGAGUCGCCUUGUCCCAUUUUACCUCCACCUGGGUUCAGCCUGCGCCUUCUUUAACCUCACCAUCUAUGCUGUGUUUCAUCCCAGUGACACCAUGAAUGACAGAGAAGCCUUUCAGAUCUUCGUCUUCUUUGUGUCGGUGACGAUCGCGGCCGUCAACGCUCAGUGGUUCGGCCAGAUGACAUCAGAAAUCAUGGCGGACAUGCAUCUCAUUGAGCAGGCAUGUGGGCUCGGUCAGGACAUCGGCCUGUCGUCGAAUCGCGAGGCUUACGCCAAGCUGUGCGAGACGGAUGUCAAAUACAAACACCUCAGCAACCGCCUGUGGCUGUACAGACUGCUGUCCUCGCUGUGUAACCUCUGCUGCAUAGGCUGCAACUUCCACAGCCUCUGUUACAUGGCCGAGAACCUUGUCACGCUGUAAAACUGCCGCAUUACUCACUUUUGAAUCCAGAAACACUUCUCUUUUGUAUCGAAGCUGUAAGUUAUGUAUUUAAUUCGUAAUGUCUUUCUUUCUCUGUGUGCCUGUCAGGGAUGAGAUGAAAUGUCAGGUAAGCCUUGUUGUUCUUGUGUUUUGGGGAAUAAUGAAAGGGAACGGCCCCACUCGGCGAAACCUCAUAGAGAGAUGAAUCAGUGACUGACUGCAAUGAGCAAUGCUUCACCUUUCAGCUAGUCAGGCUGAUAGUAGUGGAAGCCUUGAGUUUCCCCUUCACUUUUAAAUUUACCAUCACAAUAUGGUAUCUUGCAGUUACUGAAAACAAGUGGAAUGUUGUUAAAACUUUAUUAUAGCAGAAAAUAAGCCAAUGCAAUGCACCUUUUUCAGAAAAGAAACUAACAGCACCUUUAGUGAGGAAACCACUGCUGUGUAUCUCACUCUGGUUCUUCAGGUUUGGGUGUAGUUUUAAUACCUUCUUCACAUUGUAGCGUCACGGGUUUCUCUGACUUGCCUUACUGAGCGUAUGUGUGCAUGCUUCACAUGUCAAAGUCAAUGUUUGUACUAUUUUUAACUGUCCUUUCUCUACUGAUAUGAAAAUAGAGGGGUUGAAACAUUAUGAUUGUGAUAUACAGUCAAUGAUACUUUUAGCUCCUCCGAAAAAAAGUCCAAGUAGUCGACCCACAGCUCUAUUCCCACGAUUAUCUGUGUGUUGUGGAAGGCAAUAGGCAUUUUGUAGAUGAACCCGUGGUAGCGACAGGGUUCAGCAUUACCAGUUUUACAAGCAGUAAACCUGGUGAAAGAUGCAGUGAUAUUAAAACUAGUUUGAGGCCAUGUUUGUUGGGAUGGCUGAAAGUUUUGUUCAGAUUUGCUGAGUUGAUGUGGGUCUAUUUAGACUAAAUGUCUGUAGUAAUAAUAAUAGAACGGAUCCUCCAGAAUGUCACAGUGAGGCAUUUUUUAAAACAGAUUUUGCAAUCCUGUGCAUUAAAAGUUUUGCAUUACAAUUCUUGUAUUUUAUGUAAAAGGCUCAAAAAAGGAAAUGUAAUCAGGCCUUUUUUUAAUUAACUUUCCAGCAUUAUAUUUCAUAAACUAGUGAGCAGCGUAAACCUCGUGGAUGCUCACACGAACAGCUGCGAGCUCAAUGGAUGCAUAUGAGGGUGCUUCACAAGGUUCUGGUCCUCACCUGUACACAAGGGGUGUGAUUCCAAUUUCCAUAACUGUAUAGUAUAAAGCCUUAUAUCACUGUCCACCAAAACUCAUGUUGGAAGCAAUCAAAGAAAAAAGGAAAUAUUUGAACUAGCAUACUGUUGCUCCAGGACAAUGUUCCAGUCCAUUAAACAUAUGUGGCAGAAGCAGCCAAAUGGCACCAUCUGACCUGUAAAAACUUUCCAUACAAAGAAAUGACAACAAGCCUUUGAGUUUUUGUAGGCAUUGCUAUCAGGCUUUAUAAUGUACAGUUACACCCCAAAAUAGGAACUAACCCCCCUUGUUUCUGACCAUCUGCUCUGCUACAUGUGCUGCAGACAGGGUUCAGAGUAUUGUAAACAAUGGAGUCAGGGUGUGCUCUGCUGGACAAACUAUGCAAUAACACCAUUUCUGAACGAUCCCAUCGUUUUCUUCAGUGAUAAAAUUCCCUGUUGGCAUAUAUCAGACGUCAUAUAUUUAUGUUUCUUUACAACCCAACUAUUCAGUAUGUUCUUAUUGUAUUCCAGUGUCAGAGUUCAGGAAGGAAAUGGAAGGAAAAAAAAUGUCACUGUGACCCUUUGUGGGCUCUAUAGGAUAGUCUGGUUUUGACCUGAAUGACGUCUCCACAUUCAGCGCUUUCAUUUAACAUCCCAGCAUGGCCUCUGUGUGUUUUUGUUCUUACAAUGUGCCACAAAGUCAAACCACGAUUUGUAUAUGUCGGUGAAGGAUUUUAAAGACGCUGUACCUUAAAUUCCUCGAGUUUUACACCACCUCUAUUUGUCUUGUCAUUCAAACAUUAAAAAAAAAGUCAAAUUAUCUUUGAGGUGUACUCUCAGCAGACUCAGGGUCUGUGCAGUGAAGUUCUCAGGCUGUAGUCAUAGAUAUCUGUGAAUUGUUGUUUGUUGCAUAUAUUGAGCGAAGAGGUUCAGUUCCAUCGUCUCUGCAGUUGUCUUUUUGAACAUACUGACUUUAUGCUCGGCGCUCCCCUGCCAUGUUGUUAUUACUGCUGAGGUGAAACUCUUUAGUCAGUGUGUUUCUCCUGUUUUACCAGCAUUCGUUUGUGUUGGUCUACCUAUAACCAUGUCGGCGUAAAAAUACCCUGAAACUCUUCUUUCUUCUUCUGCAUUUGUUCAGACUGGACUGAUGAAGGUGCUUAAUAUGUGCCGUUACUGGCAAAAACAAUGCAAUAUUAAUAUAGUAAACUGUGUAUAUAGUAUUUCAUUGAUGUUGCUUGUAAGCUCAGCCAGUAUAUAUUAUUAUAAAUUCUAAAUGCAAGUCAUUUGAAUUCUGUGUAUAAACCCAAAAACUGUAUUUGGAUAUUAAUUUUAAGCAUUCUAGAUUGAUUUGUGGAUAUUUAUACCAUUUGCUUGAGACAAUGGGAUGAAGGUUAUAAUUGUUAGUGGGCCUAGUUUAUUAGUGAAUGUAAGUGAAGACCAGCGAGGUCAGGUGGUAGUGGGUGUGUGUCAAACAGGAUGUCUUUUUGUAUUAAAAGAUGUUUUCUAUCAA